AUGGACGAGGAGGAGGAUGGAGCGGGCGCCGAGGAGUCGGGACAGCCCCGGAGCUUCAUGCGGCUCAACGACCUGUCAGGGGCCGGGGGCCGGCCGGGGCCGGGGUCGGCGGAGAAGGACCCCGGCAGCGCGGACUCCGAGGCGGAGGGGCUGCCGUACCCGGCGCUGGCCCCGGUGGUUUUCUUCUACUUGAGCCAGGACAGCCGCCCGCGGAGCUGGUGUCUCCGCACCGUCUGUAACCCCUGGUUUGAGCGCAUCAGCAUGUUGGUCAUCCUGCUCAACUGUGUGACCCUGGGCAUGUUCCGGCCAUGUGAGGACAUUGCCUGUGACUCUCAGCGCUGCCGGAUCCUGCAGGUGUGGGGCAGGGAGGGGGAGCGAGCUCCUGAUCCUAACACCCCUGGCUCCUUCUCUACAGGGGGCCCUGGCUCCACUCGUGGGGGUUGGGGGAUGUUCCCCCACCCCCUUCUCAGUUUCAGCAGCCUCCUGUCCCCACAUCAGGCCUUUGAUGACUUCAUCUUUGCCUUCUUCGCCGUGGAGAUGGUGGUGAAGAUGGUGGCCUUGGGUAUCUUCGGGAAAAAGUGUUACCUGGGAGACACUUGGAACCGGCUUGACUUUUUCAUCGUCAUUGCCGGGAUGCUGGAGUAUUCCCUGGAUCUGCAGAAUGUCAGCUUCUCAGCUGUCAGGACAGUCCGUGUGCUUCGACCGCUCAGGGCCAUUAACCGGGUGCCCAGCAUGCGUAUCCUUGUCACUCUGCUGCUGGACACCCUGCCCAUGCUAGGCAACGUCCUGCUGCUCUGCUUCUUCGUCUUCUUCAUCUUUGGCAUCGUUGGUGUCCAGCUCUGGGCUGGGCUGCUCCGUAACCGAUGCUUCCUGCCUGAAAAUUUCAGCCUCCCCCUGAGUGUGGACCUGGAGCGCUAUUACCAGACGGACAAUGAGGACGAAAGCCCCUUCAUCUGCUCCCAGCCGCGUGAGAAUGGCAUGCGGUCCUGCCGGAGCGUGCCCACACUGCGUGGGGAGGGGGGCGGCGGCCCACCCUGUGGGCUGGACUACGAUGCCUACAAUAGCUCCAGCAACACCACCUGUGUCAACUGGAAUCAAUACUACACCAACUGCUCCGCGGGGGAGCACAACCCCUUCAAGGGCGCCAUCAACUUUGACAACAUCGGCUAUGCCUGGAUUGCCAUCUUCCAGGUCAUCACGCUGGAGGGCUGGGUGGACAUCAUGUACUUUGUGAUGGAUGCUCAUUCCUUCUACAACUUCAUCUACUUCAUCCUCCUCAUUAUCGUGGGCUCUUUCUUCAUGAUCAACCUGUGCCUGGUGGUGAUUGCCACGCAGUUCUCAGAGACCAAGCAGCGGGAAAGCCAGCUAAUGCGGGAGCAGCGGGUGCGCUUCCUGUCCAACGCCAGCACCCUGGCCAGCUUCUCGGAGCCAGGCAGCUGCUACGAGGAGCUACUCAAGUACCUGGUGUACAUCCUCCGAAAAGCCGCCCGCAGGCUGGCCCAGGUCUCCCGGGCAGUGGGUGUGCGGGUGGGGCUGCUAAACAGCCCAGUGGCCCAUGGGGGCCAGGAGUCCCUGCCCAGCGGCAGCUGCUCUCGCUCGCACCGCCGCCCGUCUGUCCACCACCUUGUGCAUCAUCACCACCACCAUCACCAUCACUACCACCUGGGCAACGGGACGCUGAGGGGUCCCCGGUCCAGCCCGGAGAUCCAAGACAGGGAAGCCAAUGCAUCCCGCCGGCUCAUGCUGCCACCGCCCUCAACACCUGCCCUCUCUGCGGGCCCUCCGGGGGGCACAGAGUCUGUGCACAGCUUCUACCAUGCCGACUGCCACCUGGAGCCAGUCCGCUGCCAGGCGCCCCCUCCCAGGUCACCAUCUGAGGCAUCGGGCAGGACUGUGGGCAGCGGGAAGGUGUACCCCACUGUGCAAACCAGCUCUCCACCAGAGCUGCUGAAGGAGAAGGCGCUUGUUGAGGUGGCUCCUGCCUCCAGGCCCCCUACCCUCACCAGCCUCAACAUCCCACCUGGGCCUUACAGCUCCAUGCACAAGCUGCUAGAGACACAGAGCACGGGUGCCUGCCAAAGCUCUUGCAAGAUCUCCAGCCCUUGCUUGAAGGCAGACAGAGGAGCCUGUGGCCCAGACAGCUGCCCGUACUGUGCCCGGGUGGGGCCAGGGGAGGCGGAGCUCGCUGACCAUGAGGUACCCGACUCAGACAGCGAGGCGGUUUAUGAGUUCACACAGGACACCCAGCACGGUGACCUCCGGGACCCCCACAGCCAGCGGCGACGGAGCCUGGGGCCCAAUGCAGAGCCCAGCUCUGUGCUGGCCUUCUGGAGGCUAAUCUGUGACACUUUCCAGAAGAUUGUGGACAGCAAGUACUUUGGUAGGGGAAUCAUGAUCGCUAUCCUGGUCAACACGCUCAGCAUGGGCAUCGAAUACCACGAGCAGCCUGAGGAGCUCACCAACGCACUGGAAAUCAGCAACAUCGUCUUCACCAGCCUCUUUGCCCUGGAGAUGCUGCUGAAGCUGCUUGUGUACGGGCCCUUUGGCUACAUCAAGAAUCCCUACAACAUCUUUGAUGGCGUCAUCGUUGUCAUCAGUGUCUGGGAGAUCGUAGGCCAGCAGGGGGGUGGCCUGUCGGUGCUGCGGACCUUCCGCCUGAUGCGGGUGCUGAAGCUGGUGCGGUUCCUGCCGGCGCUGCAGCGGCAGCUCGUGGUGCUCAUGAAGACCAUGGACAACGUGGCCACCUUCUGCAUGCUACUCAUGCUCUUCAUCUUCAUCUUCAGCAUCCUGGGCAUGCAUCUCUUCGGCUGUAAAUUCGCGUCUGAGAGGGAUGGGGACACGCUGCCAGACCGGAAGAAUUUUGACUCCCUGCUCUGGGCCAUCGUGACAGUCUUCCAGAUCCUGACCCAGGAGGACUGGAACAAGGUCCUUUACAACGGAAUGGCCUCCACGUCGUCCUGGGCUGCCCUUUACUUCAUCGCCCUCAUGACCUUUGGCAACUAUGUGCUCUUUAACCUGCUCGUCGCCAUUCUAGUGGAGGGCUUCCAGGCGGAGGGAGAUGCCACAAAGUCUGAGUCGGAGCCUGAUUUCUUCUCGCCAAGCCUCGAAGGCAAUGGGGACAGGAAGAAGUGCUUGGCCCUGGCAUCCCUGGGAGAGCACCCGGAGCUGCGGAGGAGCUUGUUGCCGCCUCUCAUCAUCCACACGGCUGCCACGCCCACGUCACUGCCCAAAAGCUCCAGCACUGGCCUGGCGGAGCCCCUGGGCCCUGCCUCCCGCCGCACCAGCAGUAGCUGGUCCGCAGAGCCUGGGGUGGCCCAGGAGAUGAAGUCACCGCCGAGUGCCCGUAGCUCCCCACACAGCCCCUGGAGCGCAGCAAGCAGCUGGACCAGUAGGCGCUCUAGCCGAAACAGCCUUGGUCGUGCCCCAAGCCUGAAGCGGAGGAGUCCGAGUGGGGAGAGGCGGUCCCUAUUGUCUGGUGAAGGCCGGGAGAGCCAGGAUGAGGAGGACAGCUCAGAAGAGGAGAGGGCUACCCCAGCGGGCAGUAACCGUCGCCAUAGGGAGUCACUGGAGCGGGAAGCCAAGGGCUCUUUCGACCUGCCAGAUACCCUGCAGGUGCCUGGGCUGCACCGCACAGCCAGCGGCCGAAGCUCAGCCUCAGAGCACCAGGACUGCAAUGGCAAGUCAGCCCCAGGGUGCCUGGCCCGGGUCCUGCAUCCCGAUGACCCCCCACUGGAUGGGGACGAUGCUGAUGAUGAGGGCAACCUGAGCAAAGGGGAACGAAUGAGGGCAUGGAUCCGAGCCUGGCUCCCUGCCUGCUGUCAAGAGCGAGACUCUUGGUCGGCCUACAUCUUCCCUCCUCAGUCAAAGUUCCGCCUCCUGUGUCACCGGAUCAUCACUCACAAGAUGUUCGACCAUGUGGUCCUCAUCAUCAUCUUCCUCAACUGUAUCACCAUCGCCAUGGAGCGCCCCCAAAUCGACCCCCACAGCGCUGAACGCAUCUUUCUGACUCUCUCCAAUUAUAUCUUCACCGCAGUCUUUCUGGCUGAAAUGACAGUGAAGGUGGUGGCUCUGGGCUGGUGCUUCGGGGAGCAGGCAUACCUGCGCAGCAGCUGGAACGUGCUGGACGGGCUGCUGGUGCUCAUCUCCAUCAUUGACAUCCUGGUGUCCCUGGUCUCCGACAGCGGCACCAAGAUCCUGGGCAUGCUGAGGGUGCUGCGGCUGCUGCGGACCCUGCGCCCGCUCAGGGUAAUCAGCCGGGCACAGGGGCUGAAGCUGGUGGUAGAGACGCUGAUGUCCUCACUGAAGCCCAUCGGCAACAUCGUGGUCAUCUGUUGUGCCUUCUUCAUCAUUUUUGGCAUCCUGGGGGUGCAGCUCUUCAAAGGGAAGUUCUUUGUGUGCCAGGGUGAGGAUACCAGGAACAUCACCAACAAGUCUGACUGUGCUGAGGCCAGUUACCGGUGGGUUCGGCACAAGUACAACUUUGACAACCUCGGCCAGGCCCUGAUGUCUCUGUUCGUUCUGGCCUCCAAGGACGGCUGGGUGGACAUCAUGUAUGAUGGGCUGGAUGCUGUGGGUGUGGACCAGCAGCCCGUCAUGAACCACAACCCCUGGAUGCUGCUCUACUUCAUCUCGUUCCUGCUCAUCGUGGCCUUCUUUGUCCUGAACAUGUUUGUGGGUGUGGUGGUGGAGAACUUCCACAAAUGUCGGCAGCACCAAGAGGAGGAGGAGGCCCGGCGGAGGGAGGAGAAACGACUGCGGAGACUGGAGAAAAAGAGAAGGAGUAAGGAGAAGCAGAUGGCUGAAGCCCAGUGCAAACCCUAUUACUCAGACUACUCCCGUUUCCGGCUUCUCGUCCAUCACUUGUGCACCAGCCACUACCUGGAUCUCUUUAUCACGGGUGUCAUUGGGCUGAAUGUGGUCACCAUGGCCAUGGAGCACUACCAGCAGCCCCAGAUCCUGGAUGAGGCUCUGAAGAUCUGCAACUACGUCUUCACCAUCAUCUUCGUCUUGGAGUCAGUCUUCAAACUUGUGGCCUUUGGCUUCCGUCGGUUCUUCCAGGAUAGGUGGAACCAACUGGACCUGGCCAUUGUGCUGCUGUCCAUCAUGGGCAUCACACUGGAGGAGAUCGAGGUCAAUGCCUCACUGCCCAUCAACCCCACCAUCAUUCGCAUCAUGAGGGUACUGCGUAUUGCCCGAGUGCUGAAGCUGCUGAAGAUGGCGGUGGGCAUGCGGGCGCUGCUGGACACAGUGAUGCAGGCCCUUCCCCAGGUGGGGAACCUGGGACUUCUCUUCAUGUUGUUGUUUUUCAUCUUUGCAGCUCUGGGUGUGGAGCUCUUUGGAGACCUAGAGUGUGAUGAGACGCACCCCUGUGAGGGCCUGGGCCGGCAUGCCACCUUUCGGAACUUUGGCAUGGCCUUCCUGACCCUCUUCCGAGUCUCCACUGGUGACAACUGGAACGGCAUUAUGAAGGACACCCUCCGGGACUGCGACCAGGAGUCCACCUGCUACAACACCGUCAUCUCUCCCAUCUACUUCGUGUCCUUCGUGCUGACAGCCCAGUUUGUGCUGGUCAAUGUGGUGAUCGCUGUGCUGAUGAAGCAUCUGGAGGAGAGCAACAAGGAGGCCAAGGAGGAGGCCGAGCUGGAGGCCGAGCUGGAGCUGGAGAUGAAGACCCUCAGCCCACAGCCCCACUCACCACUGGGCAGCCCCUUCCUCUGGCCUGGGGUCGAGGGCCCUGACAGCCCUGACAGCCCCAACCCUGGGGCCCUGCACCCUGCAGCCCACGCCAGGGCAGCCUCACGGUUCUCCUUCGAGCACCCCACGGACAGACAACUGUUUGACACCAUAUCCCUGCUGAUCCAGGGCUCCCUGGAGGGGGAGCUGAAGCUGAUGGACGAGCUGGCCAGCCCGGGGGGCCAGCCUUCUGCCUUCCCUCCCGCCCCUAGCCCGGGCGGCUCCGACCCACAGAUCCCUCUAGCUGAGAUGGAGGCUCUGUCUCUGACGUCAGAGAUUGUAUCUGAACCGUCCUGCUCUCUAGCUCUGACGGAUGACUCUUUGCCUGAUGACACUCACAUACUCUUACUUAGUGCCCUGGAGAGCAAUAUGCAGCCCCACCCUGAGGAGGUGCCCGUCACCCUGGGACUGGACCUGCUGACUGUCCGCAAGUCUGGGGUCAGCCGCACGCACUCUCUGCCCAAUGACAGCUACAUGUGCCGGGAUGGGAGUGCUGCUGAGGGGUCCCCGGGACACAGGGGCCGGGGGCUCCCCAAAGCUCAGUCAGGCUCUGUCUUGUCCAUUCACUCCCAGCCAGCAGACACCAGCUACAUCCUGAAGCUUCCCAAAGAUGCACCCCACCUGCUCCAGCCCCACAGCACUCCCACCUGGGGCACCAUCCCCAAACUUCCCCCACCAGGCCGUUCCCCUUUGGCUCAGAGGCCACUCCGGCGCCAGGCAGCAAUAAGGACUGAUUCCCUGGACGUGCAGGGUCUGGGCAGCAGGGAAGACCUGCUAUCAGAGGUGAGUGGGCCCUCCCCGCCUCUGGCCCGGGCCACCUCUUUCUGGGGCCAGACAAGCAUCCAGGUACAGCAGCACGCCCGAAGCCAGAGCAAGAUCUUGAAGCACAUGCCCCCUCCAGCCCCACGCCCAGGCCCAGAGCCCAUUUGGGCCAAGGGCCCACCCGAGACCAGCAGCAGCUUAGAGCUGGACACGGAGCUGAGCUGGAUUUCAGGGGACCUCCUGACGGUCAGCAGCCAGGAGGAGUCCCCAUCCCCACGGGACCUGAAGAAAUGCUACAGCGUGGAGGCCCAGAGCUGCCGGCGCCGGCCCGCGUCCUGGCUGGAUGAACAGAGGAGACAUUCCAUCGCAGUCAGCUGUCUGGACAGUGGCUCCCAGCCCCACCUGAGCCCUGGCCCCUCUAGCCUUGGGGCCCAGACUCUUGGGGGGCCUGGGAGCCGGCCUAAGAAAAAACUCAGCCCACCCAGUAUUUCCAUAGACCCUCCGGAGAGUCAGGGCCCUCGGCCCCCACCCAGCCCUGGUGUCUGUCUCCGGCGAAGGGCUCCAUCUAGUGACUCCAAGGAUCCCUCGGCCUCAGGCCCCCCUGACAGCAUGGCUGCCUCGCCCCCUCCAAAGAAAGAUGUGCUGAGUCUCUCUGGUUUAUCCUCUGACCCAACAGACCCGGACCCCUGAGUCCUGCCCCACUCUCCCACUUACCUUUCUCCACUGGGUGCCAAAUCCUAGCUCCUCCUCCUGGGCUAUAUCCCUGAGAAAAGUUCCCUACAGACCCCAAGGAGGCGCUCCUCCCUGCCUCCGUGGCGCUGGGUAACUGGCAAACAGAAUUUCCAAAGAGAGUUAAAAACAGCAGCCCCGGCGACUCUGACUCCAGGCAGAAAGAGAGAGGCCCCAGUGCUGCUGAGGUUCCCGACACCAGGAGCUGUUGGGAGAAAGCAAUACGUUCGUGCAGAAUCUCUAUGUAUAUUCUAUUUUAUUAAAUUAAUUGAAUCUAGUAUAUGCGGGAUGUAUGACAUUCUGUGACUGAAGAGAUUUGUUUCCUUCUACUUUUAUGUGUCUCAGAAUAUUUUUGAGGUGAAGGCGUGGGUCUCUUGGCUAUUUUACCCCGAAAUAACCAAUCUAGUUGUAUUCCCUCUUCUUGCAAAGCACAAGCUGGAACCCUGAGUGCCGAACCGCCCCGACGGUGGCUCCUCUUCAGCGGAGAGCGAGAACCACUUUGGAAACUGUAAUGUAAUUUAUUUUCUCCUUUAACCUCGUCAUCAUUUUCUGUAGGAAAAAAAGAGAAAAAGAAAAAAAUGAGAUUUUACAAAUGAAAUGGAACCUUUUUAUAUAUACAUAAUACGUAUCUCUCUCUAUAUAUAUGUAUAAUAAAGUAAUUUUCCAAAAUAAAAGGUUAAUCACAGUCCAGAGUAAAAGCAAAGGGGACGGAGAGUUAGGUAUAUCCAGAUGGCAUCGGAGAGAGAUUCCUGGGGAUGGAGACAGAGGGUGAGGAGGGAAGGGUCCAGAGCUGUGUGUACGUGUGUGUGUCUGUCUGUGUGUCUGAGAGUAGAGAAAACCCAACUGCCUUGCCCUGGGGCGAGGGAGGAGAAGAAGAGCCCCUCAGUCAGGUCUGAAGGCCAGGGAAGGAGGUCUACUCCCACUUCUUCUAUCAAAGCUUUCUUGCUUUCUCUCAGCCAGGCAGCUCUGUGAGUGUAAUUUCAGAUUAACUCUUAUUCCUGCUGACAGCUAUCAGCCGCAUACUGAAAGCUGGAAACUGGCGUAAUGAAGCUGUUUUGGUUAACGGGGCCGGCUGAGGCUGGGGGAGACGGCCUCAGCUGCUGCGGGUCUGGAUCAGGGUUUGGUGGGGGAGGGGGCAAGUGGUUCUGGGUUUUCUUUCCAGAGGCUUCAGGCUGGGUGUGUAACCUGAAUGGUCUGGGCUUCAGCCUCCCGCCACGGUGGAGCAGGGGCAGCUGGCCCAGCGCUGCAGGCACCGCCUGCUGGCAGCGAGAUUAAGCGGCAUGAACCAGAGGACCAGGGGUGCUGAGGGUCGUGUGGCAUCCAGAGGCGACCUGCUGGAGGAGUUGGUCCAGCCUGGUGGCCAGGAUGCUGAGUGGGGAGCUGGCCCCCUGGGGGGUGAUGAAUGAGCUCUAUCAAGGUGUUUACACCAGCUGCCCAGUGGGAGCCAGCCGAGUAGAGAGGAGGGUGAGCGGCAUGGCUGACAGCCCCCUUCAGGUGCUACCACAGGCAAUAUGCUCCUGUCUAAAACCCUGGUGCCAAGAAUGCCUGGCUGCUCAUGGGCAGACCUGGAUGGACCUGGAUGCUUUGUCCGAUCCUGUGUUUUCUAAGCUGGUGAAAGCUUUUACUAACUACUCUUUUGGACAGAAAUGAUACCACUCCUAGAAGCAAGUCCCUGGUUUUAGCCUCUUGGGAUGUGCAGUAAUGUUGAACUCUGACUCCUCAGGUGGCGAGAGGGGGUCUUUGUAGGAGGUGCCUUUUUU